CGACAAGUGGUCGCCAGCAAUUGCAGUUCUGAUUUCGGGGCAAGCAGAUCAACAGCUAAAGGCGAUCAGUAAACCAAACAACUGACUAUGGAACAGAGCAAUCUUUAUCUACACAAAUUUUAUACACAGCUGGGCCACUAUCCAACGCAUGGCAUCAGUGUGCCACCAACUAAGCUACCGGCAUUGCCUGGCAAUAAGCCGGAGCAAAUUGACGAGCUGGUCGCCGUGGAGUUGCAGCAUCUGAAGACUCACUAUGCCGACGAGGAGCAGCGCUAUGUGGACCAAAUGCUUAUAGAGAAUCCCAUUGUGGUUGAGCGGCGUGCGGCACCAACCAAAGCACAGAACAUCACACUGGCAGCCACGACACAGACCCGCGCCCAGUGCCAGACCCAGACCGCGCCCAACAGUCGCGACGCACAACGCCAGCGCGCCGAAUCCUGCCGCAAAUCGCGCUACAACAACAAGAUCAAGAAGGCGAAGCUGCGUUUCCGGCACAAGUUCGUCUGCAGCCAACUGACGGAGAGCGCCGGCGCCCUGGACUACAUGCGCGAGGUGAUCGCCCAGGCGGAGGCGCAGCUAAUGGCCCGCGGCUUCAGUCAAGUUGCCCUGGAGCGUAUGCGUCAAAACUUCGGCGUGGACCGCUGUGGUGCAGCGAUAACGACAAUGGACCAUUGAUACCAGCCGCUGGCGUUCUACAUUACACUAAUUUUAAGUUGUACAAAGAGUGAGCGAAAGCGCGACAGAGAUUGUGAGCGAGAGACAGAGAUAGAUGUGUAAGGGAUAGGCUAAGAAAAGUUAACGUAAUAUUAAUAUUUUUUUUUGUUUUCUAAUAAAAAAAAUAUCAGAAAAAUAUUUUUUUUUUAAAAUCGUUUAAAUCGGUUAAGAGUUAACGUAUUAUUAACAUUUUUUUUACUGUUUUCUAAUAAAUAAUAGCAGGAAAAUAUUUUUCAAAUAAUCGGUUAAGAUGUAAGAUAUUUGCUAAGACAAGUUAUCGUAUUA